AUGGCUAUUUAUCGUACAGAAAUGUCAGUACCAAUUCGUGUUGAUACCGGAGCAAGUCGUCAUCCUACUGUCGUUCCCAUAAUUACUGACAAGAGCUACAAUACCCUCGGUGGAAAAUCUACAUCGUCCAAUUCUUGGUUUAAUAAAUCCAACGAUGAUUUUUUUGGAAGAUUUGAUGAUCCUCUAAUGAGUACUCGUCACAGUGAUAGUGAGCGAUGGUUUGAGGACAUGCGAAGGCGAUUCGAUGAACGCCGAAGACAAUGGGAUGCUGAGAUGCGUGAAAUGCGAUCCUCAUUUUUUAAUACCCCCUCUUUUUCCUCGAAUAAACCUGAUCCCUUAAGCUCAAUUUCCAGCCGUAGAUAUACCCCUCCUUUGAGUACUUCAGAAGACUGCUCCGUGGUAACAAGUUAUGAACGUGGCGCUGAUGGAAGCCUCCACUUUCUAGCUCAGUUCGAUGUCCAGCCUUUUCAUCAAGAUGAUGUACAUGUCACAAUUCGAGAUAGACAAAUUGUUGUAACUGCUGUGAAAGAGCAGCGAACUGGAACUAGUUCUACAUCUAAACAAAUUACUAAAACUGUGGAUUUACCGAGAGGAGCUAAGGAAGCACUCAUCUCUGCUUCAAUAAGUGCGGAUAAUAUUCUGCUUGUUGAUGUUCCAGUUAGUUCAGCUGGCCACGGAUUAUCUUCUUCUAACACACUCUCUGGAAGCAGUGGAACUGUUAGUCUCGCAACACCGUCUACUACGUCUGGAACAACUGGGCGUGCCAGUCAGCUUUCAUCACCUACUCCCUCCUAUAUAGUCUCCAAGACAAAGCCGAAAUUCCAUGUGGAAAUCCCUGUUGGAAGUGACUACCAACCAGACGAGAUUCAAAUUCGGACGUUAAACAAUCGAGUCUACGUGAGCGCUCGACAUGAGGAAAAGCUCUCAAACAGAAGCACUUUCCGUGAAUUUUCGAAAGAAUACGACAUUCCAGAACUCAUUGACCCGAAAUCCAUCAGUGCGCGAUUGGAAUACGGAAUCUUGCAUUUGGAAGGAACUUCUUUAACUUAG